GUAAAAAAGACAGAACUCGAAGUGGCGGGAGAGAGAGAUACAAGUGUCGGACAGGACCAAGAAACCCGAAAAAAUCAACAAACAUCUUAAAUAACGCCAAAAACAGACCAAAUGGCUUGCAAGAGAGCAUAUAUAGAGCAUUUGGCAGUGUGUGAGGAGACGGGGCUGUCCUGGGAUGAAAGAUCCACCAAAAUAGUGCUAUCUGAAGACACAUCUUACAGCACUGCCCUUAUGAAGCUCAGCACUAAGAUAGACUCCUACCUCCUCCUCCUGGAAAGACACGUGGCUCUCGAGGGCUUCACCAUUGAUCUAGUGGAGGUCAAGGAGGAGGAGGAGGAGGAGGAGGAAGGGGUGUUAGGGUUCAUACAGGGAAGAUUAAUGGGGAAAAAGAAGAAGGAUUGGAAGAGCAGGGCGGAGCAGGUUCUGGUGGCGGCGUGGCAGGCGUGCGAGGGCAAAGGUUACGGCGGUGUCCAUGUGCUUGAUAAGGUCACUUACGAGGUCAUGCCGUUCAUCUGUGAUAAGAAUAGAUACAGCGUAGGCCAGUAUGGGGAGGCGUUGCUGUAUGGUCUUCGCGCUUACUUCAUGUUCAACCGCUGCCACACACUGUUCCAGCCUGACGCAGUGGGACUGUGGGGUGGCGGUGGUGGCGACUGUGUGGAGCCCGUCACUGAGUGCUACCUGGUGCUGGCCUGGCGUAUCGGACAGCAGCAUGAGGUUACUGGCAUGACAAGAACCCUGCUGCCCACCACCACCACCACCACCGCCACUGCUGCUGCCGCUAAGAAACAAGGGCGCAAGAGAGGCACGGGCGCACAAAAUAUAGAUGAAGAGCCUCACACCCCAGCAAGGAAGAAGGCAAAGGUCACUGCUCAAGCGCCCCCAGCCACCACCUUCCAGGCCGCCCCAGUCAAGGCAGAGAGACAGGAGGUAACUUUGAGCCCUAAAGAGAAGAAGGACAAAAUUCCUGAUGUGUGGUAUAGCCCUGACAUUGUAAACAGGCCUGGACCAAGCAACCCCAGAUACUCGCCACAGAAGAAGAGCAACCACAGCUCACCACCACCACCACCACCACCACAGCCACAGCCACAGCCAGUCAGAAAGAAGGUGGUGCCACAGAAAUCGACCAAUGAGAGAGCAGUGCCACAGCAACCAACCAAUGAGGAGACAGAUGAAGUUGGUGACCUUGCUAAUGUGACCUUUGGCUUUGAAAAGGCCACCCCAAGAGGCCAGGGGAAGAGGGCCAGCCAAGCCACGUCCCGGAAGAGUGUCCUGGCAAAGCUGUGGUCUGAGGAAGAACAGGAAGACUUAAUGCAUUUCUUUGACACUCUCAACCCAAGCCAGAGUGAGCAGACCUGUGUGGCGCUUACCUGCAAAUAUGCCACAAUGCGCUUCGGCCGAGAGCUCUCCUCCAAACAACUCUACCAGAUGGUGCAGCAGAAGGACCGUCCUACCUUCGAACCCCAGGACUCCUACACCCUGCCGGGGGGAACAGAGGCCGCCCGUGCCACUGCUGUCAAACUCUUCCACUCCCUCAAUGCGGAAGUCUCAGAGAGCAAACGGGUCGCCUUCACCUGUCGCUUCAUGGAGACACAGUAUGGGGUCAAAAUUCAGUCCAAGGAGUUAUUUAGCAUUCUGAGUGGGAAGAAGAGAAGAGGUAGGGGUGGCAGGGUGUAGGAAGGGUAGCAGGGUGUUUAGAAGGACUGUGAUGGUGUAGCAGGGUGUAGAAAAUGAUGUGGCAGGGUGUAGGUAGGGAGAGGUGGGUGUGGCAGAGUGUAGGAUGGGUAGCAGGGUGUUUAGAAAGGGCUGUGAUGGUGUAGCAGGGUGUAGGGAGAGAGAGGUAGGGGUGGUAAGGUGUACAGAAAGGGAGGGAGGGGUGGCAGGGUGUAACGGCAUAGAAAAUGAGGUAUCAGGAUGUAGCAGUGUGUAGUAAGGGUGGCAGGGUGUUUAGAAGGACUGUGAGGGUCUGGCAGGUUAUAGAAAGAGUGUUAGGGUGUGUAGGGUGAGCUCUGAGGCUCUGGCAGGGUGUGUACGGUAAGCUGUGAGGGUCUGGUAGGGGUGUAUGAAGGGGAGGGAGGGCUGGCAGGGUGUAAAAGGGGUGUAAAGGUGUGUAGGGUGAGCUCUGAGGAUCUGGUAAGGGCUAGAAAGUGGCAGGGAGGGAUGGCAGGGUGUAGAGAGGUGCUGGCAGAGGAUAGGGAGGGCUGGCAGGGUGUAGGAAGAGCUGUGAAGAGGUAACGAGACUGGCAGGGUGUAGGAAAGAGGAGAGGCAAGGAAGAUGAAGAAAGAAGAUUGAGAGAGCAAGGAAGAGGAACAGGAAAAGAAAGAGAGAGAGAGAAAGAAAGAGAGAGAUAAGUUUUUUUUCUCUCUUCUUUUUAUUAUUUACUGCAGUUUGUGUUUAAAAGCUUCAGUUUCUCAUUAUCUUGCUUCUGUUUUUAGUUUUCGAGUUGAGACAGGUUUGCCUUCAACUAUAUUGUUCCCAUUAACCUCUAUAUUUUAUCCAAGUUUGCUCUUUUUUAAGUUUUUACUCUUCAUUUCAAAGUUAUUUUCUUCUCUGACUUGUGAAUUAUAACCCCUUCAGUGCUGGGACACAUUUUUACCUUGAGUUUCUGUACAAUUAGACCAUUUUAUUGACAUCAGGAAGGGUUUGUGGAGGUCAGAAGAUUAAUGGCCACAGUCUUCACUAUUUCAAUCCCAUUUUUACCGUGAGAUUUGUGUACAGUUAGACCAUUUUAUUGACAUCAGGAAGGGUCUAUGGAGGUCAGAAGAUUAAUGGCCACAGUCUUCACUAUUUU